UACAAGCUGAUGCCGCGAGUGUUUCACUUCGACAAUUACGACGAGUGUUUGAACGAUGAUCCCACCGUUCCCGGAGUGUACUGCAUGGUGAAGGCGGUGGUGCAUCCCAACCAGUCGUCCCGCGUAUGGAGAGUGAUCGAAGAGUACUCCCGCAAUUGGAAGCAACAUCUGAAUCACGCGCAUCUGGAUCGAGGGAUCUGCCUGCAGAACUGUGCCCUAAAACUGGCCUCGCUCGACAAAACCAUAGACCUCGCAAAGUUUGUGGUGCCGAAAUUUGAAAUCGAUUUUCCGUAUGUCAUUAAAAACGGUACCUUCCGUGAUGUGGACGAAUAUCAACGAAACUAUUCGGAAGUUCUUUCCCAGUGCAUCAACUACGACCUCAUGCAGCAGUAUGGGUUACGAGCAUACACCGAGAUCGAGUAUUGCAAUAGCAACACGAGGUCCUAUCCGAUUGAUAAGCUGGAAAUAGCGUUCUUGGCCUUGCUAGCUUCUCUGCUAGUAAUAGUGGUAAUCUCGAGUUGGUAUGAUCACCGUUGUAAUAAGCUUCGUCAAUUGAUGCAUUACAAACAGGAACUCUCUACGAAAGUGUCCAUGAUGGUGGUAUCGUUCUCGAUCGUUCGGAACUGGUAUCGUCUCACAUCGAGGGGCGAUGAUUCCUUUAGCCAUUCGAUGCGCCACAUAAACACGUUGAGGUUCUUGAUUUUCUCUAUCAUCAACAUGGGCCACAACAUUCUUUACGCGCAACCACGAACCGCAAUGGUUAUUGAACGGAAAUACAGUGAAAUUAUGUCGAUGAUCAUCGCGAACGGUUCGCAUAUCGUUACUACCUUUUUCGUGAUCAGUGCGCUGAUGGUUUUCCUUUCCUUGGUACCGAAGUUGGAAAAGACCGGUAGAAAACUAGGAAUCGUGGAUAUCGUAGCGAUGUCGGUUGAGCGCUACAUUCGCUUAACCCCUGCCUAUGCCUUCGUGCUGCUCUUGGAAGCCACUUGGGUUGCGCGCUAUCUAGGUGGUCCCCUCUGGCGGAAGGGAUUCGAAACAUCCAGGACCUACUGUCGUCGGCAUUGGUGGGCUAAUCUCUUGUACAUCAACAACUACUACGCGACCGAUGAGCCAUGCAUGCAACACACUUGGUAUUUGGCCGCUGACUUCCACAUGUUCGUCUACGGUUUGGUGGUGUGUGCUAUUGUCUUGCGAUAUCCCAAACUGCGGAAAUACAUUCUUUCAUUCCUGUUGCUGCUAUGUUCUAUGAUAGCAGCAGCUUUAGUAUACAUGAACGGAUAUGAAGCAGUGACAAUUCUGCCUCCAGAGCCUCUCAGGUUCUUUUUCUGGUACUGGGACAUGUACCAUGAAACAUACCUGCCCACACAUAUGAACCUAGUCAACUACACAGCAGCGAUUAUGGGUUCGUUCUACAUCCUUCAUCUGAAUAAAAAAAAGUUUCAACCCACAAAGAUGUUUUCGAUGCUGUGGAUUCUCGGUUUCUGCGCCAUACCGGGCUCGUUCAUUGCGGGAUACUUAAUCUACAGCAACGUUUUCCACAAACCUUCCAUCUGGAUGGCGGUGUACUUCCCGCUGGGUCGCAUAUUCUACACCCUGCUCCUGCUGCUGUUCAUAAUCGGCUGCACGUUUCGCACCAUCGAACCGAUCGCGCGACUACUUAAUAUUCACAUUUUCGGUAUCCUUGGGCGCCUGUCGUACUGUGCAUAUUUGGGCCACUUUUUCAUAACCCGAGCCUUUUGGUUCAACAGCAGUCGGUUCACAGACCUGGGCAUCGUAGAAAUGACCGCUUCAUGUUUGUCAACUCUGCUGAUGUCCUACUGUUUUGCAGCCUUUCUGUCCUUGGUGCUUGAAUCACCAUUCCUUGCACUUCGCAAAAUAAUAUUUGAAGGUUUACAUGGAAAAUUCAAAACCUCUACAAUCGCUAAAGUACGGCCCCUAGAACAUGGUAUCUUCAAGAACUCACGGUUUAUGACCGAUGACCGACGUGCAAAAAAGAAACAGCCAAAGACGCUUCCAGUGGCGACCGUCGGGUAA